CACGCGAGCUCUCCGGUCGGCGUCUCCGAUGACGUCACACACCUGUCGGCGCUUCUGUCCACCGAGUGAACCGCGGCGGAGCUUAAGGAGCUGACGUGAUGUUCAACGUCUCUCACCAUGGUCGGAAAUAUGCCCCCGUGCGCUUCUCGGAUCAGGGGGACUCUCCGUCACCUCUCCCGGCUUCGCCGAAGCAGGCACCGGAGACCCCCUGGUCGCCCCCCGGCGCGAAGCUGCGGAUCCCCAGGGCGGGAAAGGGCGCAGCGCACCUGAAGGCGGUCCGGCCGCACACGGCACCUCUGCCGGCCUCCCUGGAGAGCCUGCAGGCGGCCUGGAGCGGGAAGGGACACCGGGAGUGCUCGCCGAGCUGCGACGGGAGAAGCGGGUCAGAGGGUCGCGGCGGGGGGCCCCCGCGGGCCAAGAAGAAGGGGUUCAGACCCCCCGACGUGAGGACCAUCUUCUCCCCGGGAGAGAAGGACCCCAGGGUCAGAGAGGAGUCCGGGGAGGGACACACCUUCGUGGCCGGAGGCGAGGACACCUGGUGUGACUUCUGCUGCCGCUACAUCCUUCAAUGCGGAGUCACCUGUGCAGGUUGUAAGUACACGUGUCACGCCGACUGUCGGGACCUGGUGUCACUGGACUGUCACCCUGCAGGAUCCCCCCCCCCCAGUCAGGACCAGAUCAACAACAACACACCGCCACACGAUGUGGAGAAGGACCGGGAGCUUCGGACGGAGUUCAGCAGGGAGGAAAUCGGCCAGAAGAUCGACCAGUACAACAUGCUGACUAGAGACCUCCUCAAGAUGACUCUGAGUCCCACUGGUGUGUACACUGGUUUCAUCAAAGUCCAGAUGGAUCUGAGGAGGCCGGUGACGGUGCGGGGGGGUCAGAAGGGUGCCGGUGGAGGUCGGGUGGAGGAGGCCUUCUAUCUGCCCAGAGGAGUCACCAACACCCUCCACAUCAGCUCCAAUAACACAGUCAAACAGGUGAUCGUCGCCCUGCUGAACAAGUUCACCGUCGCAGACAACCCGGCUAAAUACGGCUUGUACAAACGCUACCGCAGGGAGGACCAGGUGUAUGUGUGUAAGCUGGCGGAUGACGAGCAGCCGCUGUUCCUCCGUCUGGUGGCGGGACCCGACGGAGACACGCUCAGCUUCGUCCUGAGGGAGCAGCAUGGCGAAGUCAUGUGGGACGCGUUCUCCAUCCCCGAGCUGCGCAACUUCCUGCGGAUCCUCGACAAGGAGGAGGCGGAGCAAAGGGAGGCGGUGAAGCGGCGCUACGAUGCGUAUCGCCUCAGACUGCAGGAGGCGCUAAGCGAGGUCAGAGGAGCCUCUGAGGGGAGGAGCCUCUGAGGGGAGGAGCCUUCCGUCGAACAGGACCACGGCGAGGAGGGAGACCCUUUUAUUUUUUUUGUAAUUCUCACCUCAGAGGAGGAGAAGUGUACAUUUUUGACGCGAGGUGAGGAUCCGGCGCUCGGAGGGAGGAAGUGAGGGAACGAUAAACUGACGGGACAGCGAGCGACGGGAGACGAAACCCGGAUUAAAGACCUCAAAGUGCUGCCCGAUCUCACCAAAGAUUCACUUCACCGUGCCAAACCUCCUCUUCCUCCUCUUCCUCCUCUCGGUCCUGCUGUCACAUAGUUUAUCUAAUUCCUUUUAAGGACUCAAGGCCACGUGUUGAGUCAGAGGUUUAUUUAAUUUUUCUGUUUUAAAGGUCUGUACAUAUUUUUUUUCUUAAUUUAUAUGGUUGAAGCUUUUUAUGAUUUGUUGAAAGAAACAAAAGUCUUAUUUUUAGUUUUUUUUUGUACAGAAGCAGAGUUUAUCUACUGGAGGAAAAGACACAACAUGAGCAUUAAAAACAGCUGAAGCUGCGUGAAGGUGGGAGGAAAAGGAAACAUUUAGAGGAUACACUGGAAGUCUCGAUUGGAGGGUAUUUAUAUUCUUAUGUGGAGUCUCGAGUGUGCCGUAGGAAUAAUGUUUAUUUACUUUUGCUGGUUGAUUCAGUUUGGUUCUAUGUUUACUGUCAUUUUUUUAAUUAUUAUUUUAACAGAGCGGGAAAAGCAAACAAUUAUAAUAACAGAUGUGUUUAAAUAAAACACACUCAUGCAUAUAAUCCAUCAAUAAUGAGGUUUUUGUUUCUUUAAUCGGCUUAAUUGAGUAACUAUAACCAAAUACUUUACCAUUAAAAGACCUUUAAGAUUUUUCCUUUACUAAUGAACCUGCUCUUUUAUUUUCUAAUUAAUCAGUUCAUUACUUGCCAAUCAUUCAUUUACAACAAGUUGAAAGAAAAACAGCAACGAAAUUGGACAAAAUGAAAUGGAACAUUACUUUUAAUUAGCCGUCACAAUAAAACGAUUCACUGCUCACUUCAGUUGGAUAAGUUCUUAUUGGCACACUACAGACUCCAUUAAAGAACGUCGUAAUAAAAAAAAGACAGCGGUGAGCUCGGGAGGACGUUUGGUCUGGUUCGAUUAGUCGUGACCUCUGACCCUGCGUGGCCACAUGAGGGCGGAGGGAAACUCGACAGGUUUCUGGAAGGUGACGGAGAGGAAGUGGAAGAGGAGACGUAAGAUGGAGGAAGAAGGAGACGAUGGGAUCCUGUAAUCCACAGGAGGUCUGAAAGGGGAAAUAUUGAAGAGGAAAGGAAGGAAGGAAGGACGGACGUUACACACAGAGCUCUGCACAAAAAUGGAGGUCUUUUGUGCAGUAAAGGUUCAUGAAAGGUUUUGAAAAGUUGAUCGCUGCCUUAAAUAUAUCUAUGCAAUGUUGUCUUUAGUGAAUUCAGCUUAUCGUUUAUGGCUUUGAGACCAAAGAGGCUCCUUUUUUUAAAUUUAGUUUUGUAGAAAAUUCAUUUUAUUUCUGGUGAUCGAGAAAGCAAAAAAACAUGUUUGAGAAAACGAAGAUAAUCACUUUCACAAACGACCAGAUUCACGAAAAUAAUCAAUAGUCAAAAAACGCUUUUUGCGCUGCAGGUACUGAAUGAAGUACAACGGCGCCGCCUAGUGGACAGAAACUGCAGCUACUUACUUCUGUGUCAAACUAUUGUUAUUUUCUUAGAACCAAAGAUAUUUUUGUGGUGUUGCCUGGAGCAGAACAUUUAUUAGAGGCCUUUUCCCAGUGGAGGGAAAACCAUAUAUAGUUUUAUCUGAAGGGGUUUUAACCCGUCGUCUUCUUGUAUCAAACACUGGGUUUACGCUGGGGAAGCAAACACUAAAAUGGUCCAAAAAUUUGAAUCUUUCAGGCAGCUGAAUGUCUAAUUGUGACGGUAAAUUUCAGUUUUACCCAUCGGGAGGAGAUAUACUUGUAAAUAUAAUAUUGUAUAAUGUGACUGGAGGUCGCAUUUGGGGUCAAAUUGAAAACGUAACCGUUGCAUUAUGGGAAAUGUAAGAACCUUUACCUGUACGUUAACUUUAUGGUGCAAUAAUAAAUCCACUGAAUUACAUCUUAAUUUCUUUUGUUGAUUAAAUUCCCUCUUGGUUUUUCCCAGUAAUUAAUUUCUCAAAGAACUUAUAUAUAAAUUUCAGGGUGUAAGAAAAACUAAAUGAUGUUUAAAACUUAAAAUUAGGUAGUUGCCAAUAAUGAAUAAAACUGGAAUCAAACUACUGAAUAUUUCAAAUAAUUCACAUAAAUUAGAUAUUCAGUCCCUUGUAAAACUCAAAAUAUUUUGACCUAUUUUUGCUUCCCUAUAAUAUAGUUUAAACAUGUUACGAAAGUCCGCAUGGAAACAGUUUAAUCAUCUUAAAGCCAUGUUGUUGUUGUUUGUCUAUCUGAUAAACAACCUUAGCUGUUAAAUCCAGAUGAGUCGUAUCGAUUAUUUUCGGGCACUUUAACUUUGAAUUCAGGGAAGACAGUUUUUUAUUUUAUUUUGGUCUCCUGCCGCCAUCAGACUCUUAACAUCUAACACGCUAUAAUCUUAUUUUGAAAGAUGUCGUUGAGCUCUUCUCUUAAGUUGAUUUGUUUUUCUAUGACAUGGAACACGAUGGACAAUAUAAUAGUUUUUGUGUGGAAGGCCUGUGGAGGCCAUGACAUUUUGCUGAAAGCUCCGGAGAAAAAAUAUAUUUUAUUCUCCUUGAACGUCUUUUAUAUAUUCAGAUUUGUCUCCAACUCAAACAAAGUGAUGAUAAAUUAAUUAUUAAACCAGCAGAUAAAUACAAAGCAGCAGUUUUAAUAACGUUAUUAAGGACAUUUUAAAGGCAGAUUUUAGUAUUUCUGUUUCCAUGGUGUUUAAUCCUUGAGGUGUACUUACUUAUUAUUUUGCAGAGCUUUCAGUGCGCUUUGAUACUUCGUGGAGCUUUUGAUCACAUGACACGAUCUUCACCGGGUAGAAAAUCAACCUGUGGUCACAUGACGCUUUGAUACGAUCGAAAGCUCCAGAAAGCCACUGAAGGGACUUUUUACGUACAUCUGUACAAUAAAUGCCAAACAUCUGUGUGUCGCUCUCCUGCCGUUUACUGACACGCUCCUUGUGUUUUGUUCCAAAUAUGCUGUUUUUUGUUUCAACAGAGAAUCACAUGGCAGGUUUUUAUUUUUCUGUUUGUUGCCAGAAUGUGGCCUUUGAGCCACGCGAGGCGGCGUCUAUUAAAGGUGGAAUUAAAACCAAAUAAAUUCUC